AUCCCUUGCCUUGCGUGUGGUAGAAUGGUCGUUGGUUGGCGUCCUUGUGCUAGAAACCUCGAGAAUAUAGCAUUCCGCAUCCUUAUUAACCACGCGAUCAUGUCUUGUUUUCUCGCAGUUCCUCUUCAUCCCUUCUUCGCGUGUGAAACUUUUGCAGAUCUCUCAUCGGCAUCUCGUCUCAUCUCAGCCCCCCUGAGACAUUCAGCAAGAGCUAAAUCGAGUCACGAUGGCCGAACUUCCGAUUACCCACCAGGUUGAGCACGAUUUUGACGAGGAAGGCGAGCAGCGAGGCUACAUCAAGGCUACCGACUACUCCCUCCCCUACACCUCGCAGUGGUCGCGGAUGCACCAUGACGAAUGCGGGUUGCUCCGCCAGCUCAACUGCAACUUCAUCUCCACGCCCGAGGUGCCCCCAACCCUGCUGUCGCUGAAGCAGCACGCCCAGGCACUAUGCAUCCUGCUCCUGAAGCUCGUUCCGACGCUCGAGCCCAGCGUGGUCGACGCCGCCAACUACGGGGACCAGCUGGCCCUGAGGGCAGCCCAGAAUGAUGCCUUCGACUGGCUCAACGACCUGCAGACACCGUACGCCAAUGACGACCCGGACCAUAAAAAGCCGCUCAACAGCUUGAUCAACGAGGUCAAGGGCCGCAGCGACGUCUUUGGGACAGAGUACCACUGCCCCCUGACCGAGACGAAGCCCCGCGGCCUCGGCGAGCCGGUGAAACAAUUUGCCAACCACCACAACCUGAUCAUGCACACCAACGCCUGCCUCGAGCGUCUCGACCACGAGUUCAGCAGCGAGGGUGGCCUGAUGGGGCUGCUUCCCACCGACCAUGACUCCGAAAAGAACGACCGCGAGGACGCGCGCAACACCCUCCUCGGCCAGUGGCUGGGCUUCACGCAGCACCUUGUCGGGCGCAUGCACGAGCUGGAAAUUGCCUACGGCAACGCCCUGGACGCGCUGGCGGGCGAGGCCGUCGUGCCGCUUCAGCACCUGUCGACGCUCGGCCCCGACGGGCGGUCGGGCCGGGAAAUCGCCUACCCGCAGGACCGCUGGCUGCUGGUCAACGCAGGCGACGACGUGUUCGAGCACAUCCACAGCAUCCUGGACAGGCAGGAGGCGCUGGUGGAGGAGAAGGAGAAGAUAUGGAAGGCCAAGGGCGUCAGCGGCGAGCGCCAGUGGCAGGAGGAGCGCGGCGGCAAGACGUACGCCCGCGGCAUCAUCCCCGUCAACCUGACGACGCGGUACUACCGCCUCGCGGGCCAGGGCCGCAACACGCUGUUCGUCCUGCCCGCCUGGGACCACCACCCGGCGGUCCAGCAGACCAAGACGCUGGAGUCCAACCCGACCGUCGUGUCGGCGCUGCAGCCAAAGUUCCCCGUGCGGGUCACCGAACUGGAGAAGCGGUACAACAGGCGUAUCGAGGAGGCCGCCGAGCUCGAGUCCCAGAACAUACGCCUGGGCUCGACCGUAAACACGGCGCACGCCCAGAUCAGGAGCCUCGAGGCCGACCUGGAGCGCGAGCGGGCCGCCAACCGAGCGCUCGAGAGCGCCGUCGGCAGCGACGGCCGGGCCCUGGCGGCGCAGGUCACGGAGCUCAGGCUGGAGCUCGAGGCCACUAAGGACGACCUCGCCAACGAACAGAUGGGCAAGGAGGCGCGGUUGGGUGACGUUCGGGCUCUACAGCACAGCAUUACCCAGUACAUAGCCGAUCUUGCAGACUGCGAUAAGGAAAUCGCAGGGCUGAAGGCUAAGCUGGCGGACCUGAUUGGCACCGACAAGGGCGACAAGGAAUGAUGGGCAAUGCGUUAGUGAACUUAGCUUUGUUUUUCGUGCAUGUCACAGUUGAGUUGGAACAUUUGAUUUUGGAUUUUUCU